AUGAAUGGCGACUUCUGGGGGGAUCUCUCUGUAAGUAGUAGUCCUUGCCUGACUUUUAGACCCUAUACUAACAACAGCCCACGGUGCGAGCGCAGACAUGCGUUUUCUGGCCGCUGCAGACCGCAUGACCGAAACGGAACGGGCAAAGGCAAUACGUCGAUAGGCGAAAAAGUCGAAUACUUCCGAGAUCGAGCAAUUCUGGCGCCCAAAAAUUCGCACAGAUCAACGACAUGGUGCCCCGACCUGCUGCCGGGUGACGCCGCCGUUUCCGAUUCGGCUGGCAAUGGCUAUGACGUUCAGCAAGUUGCAAGAGCAGUUGGCACUUGCGCAGGUAGGAGUGUGUCUGGAGACGCCCGUCUUUUCUCACGGCCAGUUGUAUGUCGCGUUGUGCCGAGCAACUAUGUGGACGGUGUCAGAAACGUCCUGA